AUUUCAUUUUUACGUAUAGAAAUUGUGUAGUUCUUUAGUGCUCUGUUGUAACAUUUGAGCAAAACUAUCAACUGUUCCAUUUUGCUUGAAUAUAGGAAAAGGGAAGCACAUAAACCGACGUAUCAAAGAGACUUUGGCAAGUGCGCUAGCGAGUCGUUAGCCAAGUUGACAUUUGUGACAUUUUUUAGCCACAAAAAUGCCACACUCGUACCGCUCGUAUUUUGACCUGUUACUGCCGAAUGACAUGUUUUGUGUGUGUGUCAUUGAGUCCUCUAAAAGUGUACUUAACGGAGACCAUUUCCUCUAUGAACGCCAAGCUACGCUGAGAGCGGAGGUGAGGGUGGGUUGCAGCAGCGCAUCAUCAUCAUGGACCACCGGAGGAGCCAACAGCAACCAGCCGCGUCGACAGCCCAUCUGUAGCAUCAACAUGGCACAUUCCACGGAGGGGACCAAAGACCGGAGAGGAAGCGAAAGUGGUGUGGCUGGAGGUACCUUAAUGGAGAACGGCACGGUCAGCUCCGACAACCAUAACCACAGCAAGCCCCCCCUCAUCCAGCACUCCCUGCACUAUGGCAACCCCCAGCAGGGAUCCGAUGAGCAGGACCUGGACCAACACAGCCUAGCCUCCCAGGACUCUGGCAUCCCUACCCUGGAGAUCAACCACCCCGAGCACAUCCACACUCAAGCAGGAGACUGUGGUCUUACCCUGGGUUCCAACCACAACGACCAGGGCCCUGCUACCCUCUCUCUAGACCAGUCUGGAGACAGCGUUGGCCUUCGCAAGUCCUCCACUUUCCCCCGCAGUGGCUACGACUCGGUGCGCCUCUUCAGCCCCGCCCCAAGGUCCGGCGCUGGUGGCGUGGAAGUCGUCGCCACGGGGAUGGGCGGCGUAAGAGGGGGAAACCUUAACCGCAGUGACGACAUUUCGGUGUGCAGCGUGUCGAGCUUGAGCACGGAGCUCUCGGCCACGCUGUCGGCGUCCAACGAGGACAUCCCGGACUUCAUGGUCACCUCCGACUCCAGCGCCAUCGUCACCCUGGAGACGGACGAGGGCGACGCCGCCCAAUUCUCGGAUGUCACUCUGUCGUCGUCGCCGGGCGGUGACAUCGGAGGGGAUCUGUGGAGCCCACGACGGGGACAGCUGGGGUCAGAGGAGGGCAGGCCCAAGAGGCUAGGGCCACUGGCUAGCUUCUUCAACAGGAGUCUGUUUGCUAAGAAAGUGAAGGACACUGUGCCAGUGGAGCAGAAGGACACAGGCUGGAAUCUGUUUGGUAGGGUCCCCCCUAGAGAUGGCUCGGUGAAGGAGCCCCAGAAAAUACACAAGGAAUAUGAAAGUAAGACUAGCAGAGCUGGACCUGGACACAGUCCCCCGUCUCCUAGACAGAGUGUCAGGAAGAACCUGGAGUUUGAGCCCAACUCCACCACAGCACUUAUACUGGAGGCUCGCCCUGCUAAUCUGCCAGCCAAGCCUGCGGAGGAGGCCCAGAAACACAGACAACAGUAUGAGGAGAUGGUGGCCCAGGCCAAGAAGAGAGAGCUCAAGGAGGCCCAGAAGAGGAGGAAGCAGCUGGAGCUCAGGUGUAAGGUGGAAGAGAGCAUUGGCAACGCCGCCCAGACCUGGAACCAGGAGAUUCUGCCUAACUGGAGCACCAUGUGUAACUCUCGGCGGGUCAGGGACCUCUGGUGGCAGGGCGUGCCCCCUAGCGUCAGGGGCAAGGUCUGGAGCCUGGCGGUGGGCAAUGAGCUCAACAUCACUCACGAGCUGUACAACAUCUGUCUGGCCAGGGCCAGGGACAAGUGGAAGUCUAUGCCCACAGAACCAGUGACUGAAGAUGCAGGUUCAUCUCUGGCGGACAGAGAGGCCAGUCUGGAGCUGAUCAAGCUGGACAUCUCCAGAACCUUUCCCCAUCUCUGCAUCUUCCAACAGGGAGGUCCGUACUACGACGUGCUGCACAGCAUUCUUGGAGCGUACACCUGCUAUAGGCCAGACGUGGGCUACGUUCAGGGUAUGUCGUUCAUCGCGGCGGUGCUGAUCCUCAACCUGGACACGGCAGACGCCUUCAUAGCUUUCGCCAACCUCCUGAACAAGCCCUGUCAGAUGGCCUUCUUCAGAGUGGACCACAGCCUUAUGUUGACCUACUUUGCUGCUUUUGAAGUGUUCUUUGAUGAAAACCUACCUAAGCUGUUUGCACAUUUCAAGGACAAUAACUUGACCCCCGAUAUUUAUUUAAUCGACUGGAUCUUCACCCUGUACAGUAAGUCACUGCCGUUGGACCUGGCGUGUCGGGUGUGGGAUGUGUUCUGUCGUGACGGAGAUGAGUUCCUGUUCCGGGUGGCCCUGGGAAUCCUGCGCCUGUACGAGGACGUGUUGACCCGCAUGGACUUCAUCCACAACGCCCAGUUCCUCACCCGCUUACCCGACCACAUCCCCCCCGAUCAGUUGUUCUCGCACAUCCACGCUGUCCACAUGACCAGCAAGAACAGGAAAUGGGCACAGGUUCUUCAGGCCUUACAGAAGGAGCAGGAGUGGAUCAGUCCAGUCCUAAAGCGCUGAGUACAACGCUCAUCCAGGAGCAAAACAACAGACAAUAGCUCAUUCUCUAACCCAGUACUCUACCUGACCCCGUGAAACACUGGACCCUAGCCCAGGCCAGGCUGUGUGAGGGAGCUGCCCUCCCUGGGACGGAGCUACCCCAGGCUCAGAGCACUCUGGGCUGGGACAACCAGCCACUGUGGUCCCCCUAGAUGUGAGUCAUGGAGCAGAGACCCUGGAGGUCUGGAACAGACUGGGGUGAGGGGUGACACGGCCUUAUUAUACAUUCUGUGCCCCCUGUCCCAGAAUUAAACCAGGCAGAAAGAUGCGCUCGAAUGUACUGUAUUCUGCCACAUGUCUAUAGCAGGGAUACUAGUUACCCAACUGGACUUCCUCUCCUUCUCACUCCUCUUUAUAACUUUCCCACUAUUUUCUCUCUCUCUCUUCUACCCCUCUCUCUCUUCUAUCUCUAUCUCUCUCUCUCUCUCUUCUAUCUCUCUCUCUCUCUCUCUCUCUCUCUCUUCUACCUCUCUGUCUCUCUCUCUCUCUUCUACCUCUCUCUCUCUCUUCUACCUCUCUCUCUCCUACCUCUCUCUCUCUCUUCUACCUCUCUCUCUCUCUUCUACCUCUCUCUCUCUCUCCUACCUCUCUCUCUCUCUCCUACCUCUCUCUCUCUCUCUUCUACCUCUCUCUCUCUCUUCUACCUCUCUCUCUCUCUUCUACCUCUCUCUCUUCUAUCUCUCUCUCUCUCUUUUUAUCUCUCUCUCUCUUUCUAUCUCUCUCUCUCUUUCUAUCUCUCUCUCUCUCUCUCUCUCUUUCUAUCUCUCUCUCUCUCUCUCUUUCUAUCUCUCUCUCUCUCUCUCUUUCUAUCUCUCUCUCUCUCUCUCUCUUUCUAUCUUUCUAUCUAUCUUUCUCUCUUUCUACCUCUCUCUCUACCUCUACUCCAAGCCUCCGUUGUCAUUGGUCAUUCCUGCAAGUCAGCUGCGAUUUUUAUCAUUAGCCUUUUUUGUUUUGUAUGGACUGAUGUGGUUUCGAUGUGUUUUUAAUUUUUUUGCCGAAUCCUAGUUGGUUCCAUUUGUUUAUUUGUUUCUGUACCAUUCAAUGAAGGAAAGGCUCCCAAGGAGAACACGUGGGCAUUUGUUGAUUUGGGGAGAAUGGUUCAUUGACUUGAAAGGAGGGCGUAGUCAAUGAAUUUGUAUUCUCAUGAAGAUUCAACUGAAAUACAACAGAUGUAAUUGUUGUGCCAUUAAAGGUUCACUUUUUAAACACAUGUUUUACUAACCCUCUUCAAAGAGGAAAUGAGCUGCGUGAAAAAAGGAAUGAAGUGAUAUUUAAUGUCUUAUACAUCCCCUAAGGUGGUUUAAAGUGGAACAGCUACGGUAGAUUAGGAGAAUCAAUAUACUACAGUAAAUCACCUGCCUCUUUUUCCUGUUUUCUGCACUUUUCAUUUUUCAUGGUAAUGAAUUUCUGUUGUCUUUGUUUCUCUAAUUUAAGUGUCAUCUCUUAGUAUGGAGACAAUCUCUCUUAUUGUUGUUAUGUUAUAAUGAAGAAAAAAAGUUAGGCUAAUACAACGAACCUCACUGGUAUCGUCCCAUUUGAUAUAAUCCACUUCAGUCACCCCCCCCCCCCCAAACCAUUUGAACCGGUUUGAUUGAGAAGCUGCUUAGGAGACUCCAGAAAGGAAACCAGAUUGUUGAUUUUAUUGUCCCUUCUAUCAAUAAUGAGGCAUUGCUGGUAUCCCUGUCACUCAGUAAGUGCUAUAACCCAAUCAGAAGCUGUCUUACUUCAUGGUGAUGAGCAGAGUUUAGCUCGGAGGUGUUAAACUCUAUUUUUCCCAUAAAGCUUUUAUUAAUGUAGAUAAAGGACCUGAGUCAUGUUAGCUUGGGUUUUCAUGUUUCUGAACACACCAGCCUUGGUUUAGAUGUGAGAUCAAUGGGAGGGUGUCGUUCAGAAAGAGGCUUUGGUUUGGUGUUCAGUUCACAGAUUCUACUACUUCUUUCAUGUCUGCCGGCCACCAUCACCUGCCAAAAAGAGAACUCCUCAGUAGAUGAUUCUGAAUGUGAGGCUCGUUUCAAAAGUAGGUACCGUACUAAACCCUCCAAACUCCAGCGCCCCCAAGCAUUUAGUGACCCCUUUGGCUGUUUGGCACACAUCGAAGUGCAUACUGAGAAUUAUUCAGCCAGCCGUAGCAACAGGAUGUCAGACAAUACCCCUCGUCGUUUCAUGUCCUCACCUCCCCUGUGCACGUAGACAUUCUGAUCACGUUAUGAAGACAAGAUGCACCCCCUGCUCUGCCUAUGUGGUGAAUACCACAGUACUGCAAUAAAGCAUUCUGCACAAUCAUGUUCCUUUUGUUUCUCACCAUCUGCAGUUUCACACCGGUUUUUAGGUUUUUGUUUUGUCUUGAGUACAUUCUCUUACUAUAUUGGUGUCCCUCACAUCUGAUUGAGGACCCGUGUGUGUGUUGUAUGUGUUUUGAAGUGACAUUUCUAAAGGACAAAAAGACAUCCCCUGUUAUUGACUGUGAAUGUUAUAGGGUUGAGACGUGUGUCCGAGUUGGCCUGACCCAGCCACAAUAAUCAAUCAGUCAGAACUACAGGAAGUAGACUCACCCCUUAAUCACAGAAGUGCGCCCUGGGAAGUAUAAAUUGCUGUAUGUCAUUGGUCUCCUGUUGUAGAUCCAUUAAAUAAAGAAAUCAAAGACCUCACCAUUAAAUGUAAUAAUGAAGGCCAUAUGAUAUGUAAUCUUUCCACGUUAUCUGAUUUUCCUUUACGCUUUGUUUUGUUUUUGUCAGUUUGAUUGUCUCUAUAUGUGACAUUACCAAGUAACCCUUUUUGGUUGUAGAGAACUGGAGUGGCACAUGGGUGGGAGGGCAGCAGAGUCAAAACUGGAAAUGGAUCUCACUUGAAGUGUACACUGAGUAUACCAAACGUUAGGAGCACCUUCCUAAUAAUGAAUUGCACCCCUUUUGACCUCAGAACAGCCUCACUUCGACGGGGUGUCGAAAGCGUGAUGCAGGCCCAUAUUGACUACAGUGCUUCCCACAGUUUUUUCAAGUUGUCUGGAUGUCCUUUGGGUGGUGGAACAUUCUUGAUACACACGGGAAACUGUUGAGGGUGAUAAACCCAGCAGUGUUGCAGUUCUUGCCACAAAGUGGUGCGCCUGGCACCUACUGCCAUACCCCUUCAAGGGCACUUAAAUAUUUUGUCUUGCCCAUUCACCCUCUGAAUGGCAUACUUACACAAUCCAUGUCUCAAGGCCUAAAAAUCCUUCAUCUACACUGAUUGAAGUGGAUUUAACAAGUGACAUCAAUAAUGGAUAAUAGCUUUCACCUGGUCAGUCUCAUGGAAGGAGCAGGUGUUCUUAAUGUUUAGUAUACUCAGUGUAUAGCUACUGUUUUAUUAAAUAAAGAUGUGUACAUAUACAACUUAA